UCAAGAAAGAUGUCAUCGCACCACCUCUAUGAGCUCGACUCCACAACCGAUUCCGUUGCCUCCUCGCCGCGAUCCGAACACCAUACUCCUCAAGACGCGCUUGCGCGUGUAAGGUUCAUGUGCAGUUUCGGCGGCAAGAUCCUUCCUCGGCCGCACGAUAAUCAGCUGCGGUACGUCGGAGGCGAAACUCGCAUUGUCGCCUUCCAUCGCUUCACCCCCUUCUCAUCGUUCCUAACCAAGCUCUCCAAACUCUCAGGAAUUGGCAACGUGAGUGUUAAGUAUCAGUUUCCGAACGAGGAUCUUGACGCUUUGAUUUCAGUGACGACGGAUGAAGAUCUGGAGAACAUGAUGGAAGAAUAUGAUCGGCUAGCUCAGAAUCAAAACCCUCGGCUGGCUCGGCUUCGGCUUUUUCUUUUCUCAAAAGGCGAUGACGGUUCACGAGCCAGUAGCAUCAGUUCACUUCUUAACGGCUCGGUUAAUCGUGAAAAUUGGUUCUUUGACGCGCUUAACGGCGGUGCCGGUGCUUCAAGGCUCGAACGUGACCGUUCCGAGGCUUCCUCGAUAGUAUCAGAAGUGCCCGACUAUUUAUUCGGAUUGGACAACUCCGAUGAGACCCAACCUCGUGACCCGAAAUUAAGGACACAUCAACUUAUGUACGAGAAUAACUCGGUUUCGGACCCCGGUUCUCCUGCCCCCGUUGUUUCUUCUUCUCCUUUGUGUUCCACGUCAUCAGUUCCUGUUGUACCUUACGUGAGUAAACCGGAUAACCCAGAACCGGUUUUGAAGUCGAAGCAAAAUCAAACAGAGAGCUUCGUGGAGCAACCCGUUUCGCAGCCAACGACAUAUUCGGGUAAUGCUCCUACGUGGCAUUAUGUUCAGGAUUCUCAUUAUUCUGUUCCUCCCGUACAGCCAAUACCCGUUUAUUAUGUACCGGGUCACACACAACCCGGAAACCCUCAUGCUCAAGUUCAACAACCACCCUUUCAAAUCCGUGCACAGUAUGUCCAACAGUAUCCAAGUUCAUCGGGUCAAACACCCGUCGGGUAUCACCAGCAAGUUCCUGGAGUGGGUCAAGCAUCGCCCGUAGAUCCUUAUGAUCCGACAUGGAGAGUGGGUCCUGAUGGAGCAACCCAUCAAGUAUAUUAUGGAGUUACGAAUACGGGCCCGAUGGGAGUUUACCCACGAAUGGUGGGGAAGGAAUUGGGUAGAAGCGGCUCCGGUAUGACACAUGAUCGGAUCUCCCACUCAGGACACUGAUUAUCAGUAUUGUGUCGUUUAAUAAAUACACAAGAUUCAUUGGUUGAGUUGGACGUAUGCAAUAACUAUAUUUAUUUAUGCUCGCUUUGUAUUGCCUUUAAUGUUAUUCUAUUUUAACAUAUAAAAUUUUCUUGUCGCCCAG